AACAAUCAGCUGCUCGUUCAAAAUAACCCAAAGCCAAAGUGCAUCGGAAUCGCGUUGCCGUGGCAGCCGGCAUAACCUACCUCAGGGUUCUAUUUACUAUCGAUUCCACUGAGUUGGCCUCUCCAGCCUAGUUUAUGUAACUCCGUAGUUGCCGCAUGGUCAUCGCAGUCGGAUUUUGCCUCAGAGUGGCUCGGCAGUUCUCCACGACUUCCUCGAAAAUGCCCGCGCUCAACGCGAUGAUCCCGGGCAUUUACAAGCACUCGCGCUGCCGGAACAACGUCUACCCGCGGUGCGACGUUCGGCGCUAUCCGGUUCCGGAUGAGAGUGUCUUCUGGUCGCAGCCCUAUCCGGACUACCAGCCGCCGGUGUACGAGUCGGACGUCCUCGCCGGCAAGGACUGGGCCGAUUUGGAUGUCGACGAUCCGAAUUUCAAGGUCCGCUGGAAUCAGCUCGAUGGGAAGGUGAGCCGGGUUAGCUUCAUAGGGGAGUACGAGGUUCGCGACGGAUAUCCGAUGAAUCUGUUUGGACGGACCGGGUUGCGAGGUCGGGGAUUGUUGGGUCGUUGGGGACCGAACCAUGCGGCCGAUCCGGUGGUGACCAAGUGGAAACGGGACGCGGCCGGAGAGCCGGUGGUGAACGAAACUACCGGGAGGAGGAUUCUGCAAAUGUGCGCCAUUGAACGGCACGAUUGCGGCGAGUGGGCCAUUCCGGGAGGGAUGGUCGAUCCGGGGGAAACGGUCAGCACCACCCUGAAGCGCGAGUUCCUCGAGGAAGCGAUGGCCAGUGCGGACGGGGUCGCCACCGACCAGGUGGAGCAAUUCUUCACCGGUGGGCGGGAGAUCUACAAGGGCUACGUGGACGACCCGCGCAACACGGACAACGCCUGGAUGGAGACGGUGGCGGUCAACUUCCACGAUGGGGACGGCAGCGUCGUGGGUCGGUUCGAUCUGGCCGCCGGGGACGACGCCGCCAAGGUCCGCUGGAUGGACGUGGACGGUGGGGUGAAGCUGUACGCCAGCCACGCGAGUAUCGUGAGGAGGGUUGCGGACUGGCACGACGCCCACUGGUAGGCGGCGGUUUCGGAUGAAAGUGAAUCUUGUUUCCGUUGAGUUUUAUUGAGUAAAAUAAUAACAUGUAUUACAGUAUUGAUUCUUA